AUGUUGAUUAGAUUCAGAUCAAAGGAUGGUAUGCACAGGGUAUCCUGUGAAAAAACGGAUGCAUUCGGUUCUUUAUUGGAAAAGUUAUUGCCACAAUUAAGUCCUGCUGCAGACCCAUCUACUUUUAGUGUGUCUCACAAUCCAGGUGAAGUUGGUGAGCCUGCAGUGGUGUUGAUGGAAAGAUCAGUGGGUGACUUGGGGCUCAACCAUGGUGAUAUUGUGUAUAUUACUUUCCAGGCCAAAUCAGAGGGGGCCGCAGGUGAUGAAACGCCACAUUCGAGUAGCAUGCAGGCUUCAAUCAAUAUCACUCCUACUAAUGUCAAUGGUCCGCUGGACGUGAAGGAAUUGGCGAUAGAUGAAGAACUGGAGAAGGAAGAAGGUUUGAUUCCAAGGGAAAGAUCGCAUCUCUGUAAGCAUGGUGAUAAGGGUAUGUGUGAGUAUUGCUCUCCCUUGCCACCAUGGGAUAAAGAAUAUCACGAGGAGAACAAGUUCAAGCAUAUCUCGUAUCAUUCCUAUUUGAAGAAAUUGAAUGAGACCACGAAUAAGAAAUCUAGCGGUAGCUCAUAUAUUGCUCCCUUAUCACAACCAGAUUUUAAGAUCGAUAAAGGUUGCAGAAAUGGCCACGAACCAUGGCCUCGCGGUAUUUGUUCAAAAUGUCAACCUUCUGCGAUCACUUUACAAUUACAAGAGUUUAGAAUGGUCGAUCAUGUCGAAUUCCAAAAGAGUGAAUUGAUUAAUGAAUUUAUCGAAUCCUGGAGGUUCACUGGUAUGCAAAGGUUUGGCUAUCUCUUCGGUUCGUACAAAAGAUACGAUGCCACGCCUUUAGGGAUGAAAGCCGUCGUAGAGGCCAUCUAUGAGCCACCUCAGCAUGAUGAACAAGAUGGGUUGACUAUGGACGUUGUACAAGUUAAAGAAGAAAUUCAGCAUGUUCUCUCGCUAGCAAACAGAAUGGGUCUAACGUGCAUCGGCCUUAUCUUCACAGAUUUAUCUGAUGCAGGUAAUGGUGAUGGUUCUGUGUUUGCCAAGAGACAUAAGGAUUCGUUCUUUCUAUCAUCAUUGGAAAUUAUAAUGGCGGCGAAACAUCAACUCGAGCAUCCAAAUGUUUGUAAGUACAGUGAACAAGGGGUUUUCUCAUCAAAAUUUGUUACAUGUGUAGUUUCCGGUAAUUUGGAAGGAGAGAUUGACAUUACUAGUUACCAAGUGUCGAAAGAAGCAGAAGCAUUGGUUGAUGCAGGUAUGAUCAGCGGAUCUACACACCCAUCUAUGGCAUACAUCAACGAUACAACCACAGAAAGAUACGUUCCUGAGAUUUUCUACAUGAAAGUGAACGAAUACGGUACCACGGUGAAAGAGAAUGCAAAGCCAGCGUUUCCCGUGGAUUAUUUACUAGUCUCGUUAACGCACGGUUUCCCCAAGACUGACACUCAAUCCAAUGCCAGAUUCAUCCAAACGAAGGGAUUCCCAUGGGCCAACAGACAGUCCAUGGGACAGUCUCAGGACUAUACCGAGUUGAAAAGAUACCUUUACAAUGCCAGUGUCGGGGGCGAUUUCAACGUUCUGCACGAUCAAAUCUCGAAUUUCCAUCUCCUUCUCUACAUACACACUCUACAGAUCCUGUCGGAAGAAGAGUGGGACCUACUAGUGAAGGCCUCGGGAAACACAGAUUUUGAAGAGCCCCUCCUGCAAUUGACCACCACACCGGGCUGGCAGACUCUCAUCAUGAUUUUGCAAGAAAGUGCCGCCUAA